AAUUUUGUCUAAGAAAGAAUGGGAUCAGAACUGUUGCCUGAUUUCCUGCCCAGCCCUCUUGACAAAUAUCGUAGAAAAGCUUCUUUUGACUGGAAAUCUCUGAAGCUACUCUUAGAAGAUCCUGAAAUGUUGAAAUACAAGAUGAAAAUAUGGAAAUUGUUUGAAGAGGAUCCAGUGUUUCAACAUCCAAGUAAGAAACUAAGUUUAGAUGAGGAACGACAUUUGGCAAUAAAGAGAAUGUAUCGUUUAAAAGAACUUCAGAACUUAACAGUGAAAGAGAUGACAAAAGAUCCUCGCAAGCCUGGUGCAUAUCUGGCUGCAAUAUAUCACUAUGAUCCAUCACUUGCUGUUAAGACAAACAUUAACUUUGGAUUUUACAUAAAUACCAUCCGUGGCAUGGGUACUCCAAGGCACUAUAAGUUUGUUGAAGAAGUUGAUCAAGGGAAGGCUGGAGGUUGUUUUGGCCUCACUGAAAUCUCACAUGGAACAAAUGCGAAAGGAAUGAGACUAACAGCUACAUAUGAUCCACAAACUCAAGAAUUUGAGCUCCAUGCACCUGACUUUGAAGCCGGCAAAUGUUGGGUGGGAAGUCUAGGAAAAAGUGCCACACAUGCAGUUAUAUUUGCAAGACUUAUUACACCAGAUAAAACAGACCAUGGCCUACAUGCAUUUGUUGUUCCCUUAAGGAAUCCAGCAACCCUUCAGCCAUAUGCUGGUGUUAUUGUUGGUGAUAUGGGAGAAAAGGUUGGACUGAAUGGAGUUGACAAUGGUUUUGUGUUAUUCAAUAGAUACAGGAUACCUCGUGAGAACCUUCUAAAUAAGACAGGGGAUGUGACUCCAGAAGGAAAUUAUGUCAGUCAGUUUAAAGACCCUAAUAAGAGGCUAGGAGCUUCAUUUGGAACAUUGUCUGCUGGUCGAGUAGAUGUUCUGUCACAAGCUUUGGCAUACCUGCAGAAAGCAAUUCCUAUUGCCAUUCGAUAUGCUGCAGUGCAUACCCCAGAUGCAGAGAACUCUAUCACCUUGUUAGAUGGACAGUAUCAGCAGUGGCAGCUGAUCCCACACUUGGCUGCUACCUUUGCACUGAAAAUCCUUGUUAACUUAUUUUCUGAUUUGAUGGCUGACUUCCAAGUAAAAACAUUCCUAGGAACAAAUAAGGAAGAACUGGCAAAACUGGGUCCAGAAAUUCAUGCUCUUUCAUCUGCUACCAAACCUUUAGCAAGUUGGAUGGUGGGAGAUGCCAUUAAACGGUGUAUAGAUAUUUGUGGAAAAUAUGGCUACCUGAAAGUAUCUGGACUUGGAGAUAUUCGCAACUUCACUGAUGCAACCUGCACAUAUGAAGGGGAAAAUAAUGUAUUAUUGCAACAAACAAGCAACUGGCUAGUGAAUUUGUGGAAAAGACAAAAGGAAAGUGUACAUAAUUUUGACAUGCCUCUCAAGUCUGUUUCAUUCUUGUCUGAUGCAUCAGACAUUCUCCAGAGCAGAUUUAUGGCUUUAUCAAUGGAAGAAGCAAUAAAUCCAAAAACCUUACUCUCUGCAUAUGAAUGGCUGAUAUGUUGGUUGCUAGUAACAACAGAGAAAAAACUGGAUGCAUUGCUAAAGAAUGGAGCUGAUCCUUUCAGUGCAAAGAACAAUGCUCAAGUGUUUCAUGCUAGAACACUUUCUCUGGCAUAUGCAGAGUAUUUUAUGCUUUCCAACUUUUGGACCUACGCUUCAUCAAAAGACAUUGACCCAUCACUUACGGAGGUCUUGAAGAAACUCUGUUCCUUGUAUGGAUCUUGGAGCCUAGAGAAACAUUUAACAGUGCUUUAUAAAGGAGGAUAUGUGAAAGGCCCUCAGGCAACCGAGAUGUUAAGGGAGGGAAUUAUGUACCUGUGUGCUCAUCUGAAGAAUGAUGCUGUCUCUCUGGCUGAUGCCAUAGCUCCACCAGAUUCCAUGCUGAAUUCUUUACUUGGAAACUCAAAUGGAAAAAUUUAUCAAAAUCUGCAAACACAUCUCUUCCAGAAACAUCAGACAUUUGAAAGGCCAUCUUGGUGCAAUGAAGUGAUGUUUGUACAAAGUAAACUGUAGUGACAUUAUAAACUGUACUGUAUAUACACAUUUUCACUAGAAUGCUAAUGCUGCAUCGUGCUAAAUUCUCAUAUUCCUGAGUUGGCAUUUUAUGAAGUGAAAUAUCUAUGUACACAUUUUGGAAAAAAUUGUACAUCUUGUAAAGCAUAUUUGUAAAGAAAUGGAAUGCUCUCUUAUGUUACAAAAUAAUUGAUUAUUUUGAUAUUUUAUUACACAGUUGGGCAUGAACAAACCAUUCAUAGAAAAGUCACACAUUCUUGUAUAUUUUGUAAAGACAUAUUUUGAUGAUGGUUCAGUGACAAUGAAUGUGCAUUAUUGUCGCUUGUUUUUCAUCUUAGUGAUGCUGCACACACUUAUGUUUUUGAAUAUAAAUAAUGCUAUUGUAUUUUUUGGUAGGGCCUAAAGAACAAAAACAUAUGUAAGGCUAAAAAAAAGUUGUGUGAGUGCUUUGGGGAAGAACUAUGUACACUGACUUCAUAAAUUGUGACUAUAAGCUUCUGACAUAGUUUUAAUUAUAUAUCAGAUGUGCAUUCACUAUGACACAAGAUCUUUG